AUGGAUGCCAGAGACACCAUCAUCAACGGUGGCAACGAGUGGUACGAAAACACCGAGAGACGGAUCCUUGAGGUCGCCGAUAAGGGUAUUCUUUAUCUCGGGAUGGGCAUUUUCGGCGGCGAAGAGGGUGCUCGUCACGGACCUUCUUUGAUGCCUGGAGGCUCGUACCAAGCUUAUCCGUGUGUGACCUGUAUUGGUGAAGGAGGGUCUGGUAAUUUCUUGAAGAUGAUUGUUGUGUUUAGAGAUGCUGUGGUUGCUGACUAUUAUCGUCUCAAUAAUGGGAGGGAGACUUGGGAUGUGCAGUUUCAUCGACAGUUCCAUGAUUGGGAACUUUUGGAAGUUUUAGACUUCCUAGCCUUCAUUCAUAGCCAGGUGGGGGUCGGGGUGGGCAUGAAUGAGAUGCUGUGGGUGGGUACCUCAAGAGGGGUUUUCGAAGUCAAGUCAUUCUACAAUUAUUCCACGGUAGACUUGUUAGAGACUUGGAAAGGUGUACAGUGGAGAGCCGAGUUAAAGAUGCUUGAAGGUCCACUCUUUUUGUAUUUGGUGGGCCUUGUGGCGUGA